CCGACAUCGAAACCCCACACUCCCUCCCGCAGGGAGUUGCCAUCUGGAGGCCGCAUCCGGGAUCGAUAUCAGCCACCUCAACUGUUUUUCUCGCUGCGGCUGGAUGCAUGGCGGGGUGGCUCGAGUGGGGGCUCCUAGGAUACAGGCCCCAGCAUCCUCCCGGGCCAUCCAAGCACCAAGGUUUAGGCUUCUGAACAUCCCUAGUGCCUCUAUAGUACUAACUAACUGCCGAAUCGGGGUCGAGUCCGCCGGUCACGUCACAGCUCACAUCUCAGAUCUUCACGAGUUCUACCUAGUACUGUCUCGCCCAGUGUUAAUGGAGCUGGUCUUGGAGCAGGUGUCACGACACUGUCUCUCAGCCACCAAGGUCAUUUCUGACUUGUUGUCCCUGAAGAUGACACACGGGGUAAUAGGCAAUUGUGAGAUAGCAGUUUACUAAGAAAAUAUUCAGC